CACAUGUGCCUGCCUUGCAGUGGGAUGGACAUACAUGAGAUUUGGUGUGGGGGGGGGUGGCGAUUCCGGAACUGGUGGUUUUCAUCCCCGUUGGGGCAGACCGGAAUGUUACAACACGUGGAGGGGCCAGAGACUCAACAAAUUACGCUUUCGGAUCAAAUUCAUUUCCAGGAAAAUACUUCCAUCAGAUAAGACAUUACUUCCUAUGUCCUAAUUUAAAUUGUCUCUUGUUGUUUAUGAGGUUUGAUUGAAAUUAUUUUCAAUUCAAUUUCUAUGAAAGUUAGUAUGGGAUUAAAAAGAUUAGAUUUUUAUAUUUAAAAACUACAUCAAAAGUUUUGCGGAGUACAAAACAAGAUGUGACAAAGUUAAAUUAUUUUCUCUUAUGGGUAGCAAAAAUAGGUAAAUAACGUGGUUCAAGUUUGACUUUUUGGGUAUUAAACAAAAAACUUAAAUGAGGACAGAUGGAAUAGUAUCUAAAAUGAAUAUGAAAGUUUUGGGGACAUGGGUAUUAAACAAAAAAGAUGGAGUAAUAGUCAAUACUUUGCUUGGGUUGAUACAUAUUCAUAACAAUUUUUAAAAAAGAUAAGUGACCUACUUAUUUUCAGAAUGCUGCUGAGUCAUCUUUUGGGUAUUAAACAAAAAAGAUGGAGUAAUAGUCAAUACUCUGCUUGGGUUGAUACAUAUUCAUAACAAUUUUUCAGUGAUUUUCAGAAUGCUAAGAGAGGGGGAUAUGGAGCUUCAAAAAACAUGAUAGGAAGCAGAGGCACAUACAAGGUUGUCCAAGUACCAGUUGGCACUGUAAUUCAUGUUGUGGAGGGAGAUCUUCCUUCUGCAGUUCAAAAAACCUCUUCAACAACCUUAGCUCCCUGGGACAUUCUUGGCACACUUAGUGUCCCUAUUCCAUCACAAUCUUUACCCCCUUACCCCAACGUAGUGGAGUUAACGGUGCCAGGGCAACAGAUCAUUGUUGCCGAGGGAGGGGAGGGCGGUUUCGGUAAUUUGUCAACCGGAAAAACAGCGAGUAGCAGCACGGGGUCCAUGGGGUCCACGGGGUCCGAGGUUGUUCUCGUGCUGGAGCUGAAGAGCAUUGCCGAUGUUGGCCUCGUCGGGGUGCCGAACGCCGGCAAAAGCACCCAAAAGAUGACUCGCCCUAAAAUGAAUAUGAAAGUUUUAAAAAAGAGUUGACUUAAAAAUAAUUUUCAAAUAGAUUUACAGCCAUGGUAAAAGAGAAUCACAACUUGCACGAGCUGCUGAGGCAGUGGAUGCGGUGGAGGAACUCGAUCCUGACGAGGAGGCACGCGAGGAGAUUGAGGAGGCGGGGCCGUGGCCUGCAGAGGAGGCAGGGCCGAGGCCUGCCUCGGUCGGGGCAUUCUAGGCUUGCGAGGAACGACUACCAUUUAGAAAUACAGUAUUCUUUUCUUGGUGUGGAUUUGGGUAUGGGUAUGACGGAUUGAUGGUAGAAAACAAAAUCACUCCUCUAUUUAUAUAUUACUAGAGAGUAUAUGUGCUUCGUUUAAAAAUAGAGUAACAAUUAGGAAAUGCAACUUUCAACUUAGAGUCAAUAUAUCUAUCAAAUUUUUUUUAUAUUUAAGUCAUUUGUUGAUGUAUUUCACAGUGCUUAUAACCGAUUAUAAAUUGCUAAAAAAGUUACACUAUAAAAAAUAAGUAAGUCACUU